AUGCCGCCGCGGCGCAGCCUGCGCGAGCAGCUGCGGGCUGCGGUUUCCAGUCCCAUUGAUCGUGUUGUCUUCAAGGCCACUGACAACACAGCAGCUCGCCCCAAGCAGAAACAUGUUGAACAUUUGAUUCACCUCUCCUAUCAUGAGCAUUUUGAUGCCCAGGAAUAUGUUGCCAUCCUGCGCCGCCGCUACGAAGCCCCCACCAGUACCGGGCUCACAAUGGCCAAGGCGCUCGCCCUCACCCACAGCCUGAUGAAUAACUCCUCCCAGUACAUUGCCAAAAUGUUGCUGCGCGACCUGCGCGAAAUCCUGGUCCCCCUGGUAGACAUGUACGCCGUUGUGGCAGAACGGUUUUUUCAGCAACCAAAGAUGCGGGCGCAAAAGCUAUUGGUCCUGUACAAGCGCUUCAGCAGCGUCUGUACGCGCGCGGACGGCUUUCUCGAAGCAUGCACGCGUGCGCAACUACUCGCCGGCAGUGGUAACAUGGCUCAGCUCGCGGCGGUAGGCAACUGA